GGAGGCUCCGGGGCCCGUGUGUCCCUUUCUUUGGAGCGUGCCCACAGCCACAGGCCUUCUCCGAGCCCCGGCCAGCUCCCACGGCGUGGCAAGUAGUGCUAAUUCAGGCCCCUUUGCCGUCGUCCGGCGGCGGUCUCGGGUCCCCAGCCCAAGGGGCAAGACAGGCUCAGAUCAGGAGGCUCCAGACCAGACCAGGGAAGGGGCCCGCGGGACCGACGUGCUCGCUGCUCAAGAGCCGACGCGGUGUGGGGUCGCGUGCAGCCCGGUGGGUUUCACCUGGCCAGGUCCGGCCCUCGGGAGCGCAGACCCAGAUUUCGGGCACAGACCUGUUUACUCUCCACACUGGUGCCACUAGGCUGGCAUUGAACCAAAUGAGGGUGUGGAGAGGAUGCCCAAACUGCAGGGUUUUGAGUUUUGGAGCCACACCCUUGGGGGCGCUCGACAUGUGGUGGCACCGAUGGUGGACCAGAGCGAGCUGGCCUGGAGGCUGCUGAGCCGCCGCCACGGAGCCCAGCUGUGCUACACGCCCAUGCUGCACGCCCAGGUCUUUGUCAGAGAUGCCAACUACCGGAAAGAGAAUCUGUACUGUGAAGUGUGCCCUGAGGACAGGCCUCUCAUUGUGCAGUUCUGUGCCAAUGACCCAGAGGUAUUUGUCCAGGCAGCUCUCCUAGCACAAGAUUACUGUGAUGCCAUUGACCUGAACUUGGGCUGCCCACAGAUGAUAGCCAAGAGAGGUCACUAUGGCGCCUUUCUGCAGGAGGAGUGGGAUCUUCUUCAAAGAAUGAUUCUGUUGGCUCAUGAGAGACUCUCUGUUCCUGUCACAUGCAAAAUCCGUGUCUUCCCAGAGAUUGACAAGACAGUGAGGUACGCGCAGAUGCUGGAGAAGGCUGGCUGUCAGCUGCUGACUGUGCAUGGACGCACCAAGGAGCAGAAGGGGCCCAUGGCAGGAACAGCCUCCUGGGAGCACAUCAAGGCAGUUCGGAAGGCCGUGGGGAUCCCUGUGUUUGCCAAUGGGAACAUCCGGUGCCUGCAGGACGUGGAGCGGUGCAUCCAGGACACGGGUGUGCAGGGGGUCAUGAGCGCAGAGGGGAACCUGCACAACCCGGCCCUGUUCGAGGGCCGCAGCCCCGCGGUGUGGGAGCUGGCCGAGGAGUACCUGGACAUUGUGCAGCAGUACCCGUGCCCGCUGUCCUACGUCCGGGCCCACCUCUUCAAGCUGUGGCACCACACGCUGCAGGUACAUCAGCAGCUUCGAGAGGAGCUGGCCAAGGUGAAGACCCUGGAAGGCGUGGCUGCUGUGAACCAGGCUCUAAAGCGUCGGUGCCAGGAGGACAUAUCUAGGCAGCAAGAAGGAGUGAAGCCAACUGGCAACUUACCUGCUUUCCACUGGAUCUGCCAGCCCUACAUCCGGCCAGGCCCUAGGGAAGGGAGCAAGGAGAACAGUGGUGGUCGAAGCAAGCGGGCUCUGGAGGAAGAAGAGGGCAGCAUGGAUGGCUUAUCCAAGAAUAAGCUGAAGAAGCAGCUGAGAAACCCUCACAAAACCUUUGAUCCUUCCCUGAAACCCAAAUAUGCCAAGUGUGACCAGUGUGGAAAUCCAAAGGGCAAUAGGUGUGUGUUUAACCUGUGCCGUGGCUGCUGCAAGAAACGAGCCUUCAGAGAAACAGCAGAUUGCCCAGGUCAUGGAUUGCUUUUUAAGACCAAAUUAGAGAAGUCUCUGGCCUGGAAAGGGACCCAGCCUGGGCUGCAGGAGCCUCAGCAAGUGAGGCCUGGAACACCAGGUGGUUUCUCUGAAGUUGUGGGGAGUGCCCUAGCCUGAAAGCCAGCAGGAGCCGUCUCCACUCCAGGACAGCCACUGACGCCUGGACACUUAAGGAAAUACCUUUUCUCAGGGAAUCUCCUAUUGACACAGGAGGACAUGUUGAUGUCUUUAGGCGGGGGCCUGGCAGUACUGCACCAAGGGUGGCCUUGGCUGGACUUGCCCUGUCCCCACACUUGUUUCCAGCAUUGAACAAUAAACCAUUCAGAGAUCUA